AUGUCAAACUUGCGCGCUGCCAGCCCUUCCACGACACACGCUUCCGGCUGGCACUUUAAGAGAUCGGGCAGCGUCAAGGGCGACGACUCACUGGACCUUUGCGGCCCAUUGGAAGUAUUGGGGAGCGUCAAAUCUGGGCGCAGCAUCAAUCUCCGGGGAGACUUGGUUGUGCGAGACGACAUCGAUGCGUAUGGCGACAUCACCAUGGACGGCAGCGUCAGCUGCGGAGGCUGUAUCCGGGCUUACGGCAACAUCUCAAUCACCGGGUACUUGUCUUCAAGCGGGAGCAUCAAGGGAUACGGGAAGCUCAAAAUUGACGGAACGCUCGAGGGCCAAGAUUUGGAAGUCUACGGGAACCUGAGCAUCACUGGAUACCUAAAAUGCCGAACGCUGGUAGUCUUCGGCUCACUGUCGCUGAUUGGGCCCAGUUCCACCUACAUGGUUGAGGAAUCGGAGCAAGUGGCUGGUGCCAAGCUGAUGCGAGAGCAGGAGGCAGACUGGGAUUUCUAA